UGCUCGUCGUUCACUCCGGGGCUCCUCACCGUCCUCGAGCAGCCAAAAAGGCCGCCAAAAUACGAUGGGCGCACGGUGAUUGGGCGAAAACCCCUGCGGGCUGCGAGAUGCAGUCUGAAGAGAGCGGUGCGGCACCGUGCGGCACGGUGAGGCCUGUGACAGGCUCCUUUCCCUCUCCGGCCAUUCUCGCAGUCUGCACGGCGCUGGGCCAAUCAUCCGGCAGGGGCGCUGCUUGGUCAUCGGGGGCUCAAAAAUAAACUGAUGACCAAGACACGUGCGCUGGCGGAAGAGUCGACGACGCUGCCUCCCUUCCCUCUUCCUUCCGGGCCUUCCCCCUUCCUUCCCUCUUCCGGCCAAUCUUUCCAGAAGACCGGGGCGGGGUGCCGCCCCUCAUUUGUCGGUCUCAGUCGUCGCUUGAUGGAGUGCCAUUCGCCUGAUGGAGAGCGCGCAUUCGCAACCUGGCUAAACUGCCACCACCACACCACCACGAUACGCUGCGCUUCGCUGCGCUAUGCUGUGCUGUGCUGCGCUGCUCGGGGGCAAGGGCGCGAGCUGCUGCGCGAGACUCGAGUCUUCUUGCGGUGGGGCAGCACUCUCGGUUGCACAGAUUGGGUGCAAAUGCGACGUGCGACGUGCGAGGUGUGGCAUGCUGCUCCUGUACUACUUGCGGUGCAGCGCUGGCGAUCCGAUCCUCAUGAUGUGUAAUCAAGCUUAACAAGGAGAAAAGAACCUUCUGACCCCUUCCCUGCCGGGCGCCCGUUGGCGUCCGCAUUCCUGGC